UUUCUUUCCAUUCUUCUUCUUUUUCUUUUUACUUAACUCGAUGAUCAUCAAAUGUAACAUUCUUCAUUAAAUUCAAUAUUCAACAUGUUAUUGAAAUUUAUUAAUCUAUGGGAUUUGUCGGAAGAAAAAAUUCCAUGGAAUUUUUAUAUAAUUAUGUUAACCAUCGUAAUCGUUCGAUCAUCGUGACCAUAUAUGGCAUUCAAGGAUCAAUCGAUUAAUUUAACGCAGAUUUGAGCGGGUAUCGAGAAUACGAACGAUUAGAACGAAUUAAUGAUUCGUUCAAGUCAUUGUCGUGGGAAGAUUCGGUCCCAGGACAUCAUGAAGCAACGAGUCCUACUCGCCUUUGCCAAUGUUAUCACUUCUUUUGCUUCAUUUCUUGUAACGACGAGUGCAAAAACAUCAAUGAGACAAAGAACACAAAGUAACAAUCAUAGCAACAUUAGUGAGUUACUCGACAAUCUUCUUCGUGGUUACGACAACAGCGUGAGACCGGAUUUUGGUGGACCACCAGCAACGGUAGAAGUUGACAUUAUGGUCCGUAGCAUGGGUCCAAUCUCUGAAGUCGACAUGACAUACUCGAUGGAUUGUUACUUUAGACAGUCAUGGGUAGAUAGACGUUUAGCAUUUCAAGGUGGCAAGGAAACACUCGCUCUCAGCAUAUCAAUGUUGGCAAAAAUUUGGAAACCCGACACUUACUUUUAUAAUGGCAAACAGAGCUAUCUACACACCAUCACUAGUCCAAACAAGUUUGUCAGACUUUAUAAAGACGGUAGGGUGCUGUAUAGUUCACGACUCACGAUCAAAGCUGGAUGUCCGAUGAAUCUUGAAGAUUUUCCCAUGGAUACGCAAAGAUGUCCAUUGAAAUUUGGCAGUUUUGGAUAUACAACUCGCGAUGUCAUCUACAAAUGGAACAACGAUAGACAAGUUGCCAUAGCGGAAGACAUGAAGCUAUCCCAAUUCGAUUUAGUCGCAAAUCCUACUGCGAAUCACUCGACAACUCCCUCUCUGUCUCAUGCGGAAUACUCAAUGCUAUUGGUAUAUUUUCACCUGCAAAGACACAUGGGUAACUUUUUAAUACAAGUUUAUGGGCCUUGCAUACUUCUGGUAGUACUCUCUUGGGUCUCAUUUUGGUUAAACAGAGAAGCUACUGCUGAUCGAGUAUCACUUGGUAUUACAACUGUCCUGACGAUGACCUUUUUAGGAUUAGAAGCUAGAACAGAUUUACCUAAAGUACCUUAUCCUACUGCCUUGGACUUUUUCGUCUUUCUUUCAUUUGCCUUCAUCUUUGCCACGAUCAUUCAAUUCGCUGUAGUACACUACUUCACUAAAUAUGGUUCGGGCGAGUGUUAUUUCAGCUCUGAUUUAAGCGACACCGAAAGCAGUUCCAGCGAAAACGAGGAAAUCUCGCGGUCACCGUCCAAGCACGGAACGAAUCGUCGUCAAAAGAAUUCGGGUAAUUCGAUUCCUGGAAGUAGUAGAAAUUUCACAGUUAACGGUGAUGGUUUUAUCGAAGUAAUACCAUUGUCGUCUGUAAUUCCUGAUCGAGAACGAACUAUCAGCCAUUGGCAACUACCUUGUGUUUCUUGUUCUCCAUCGAUGAGCCAUCAUCGUCGAGGAAAUCCUCAUCAUCAAACGGUUCCAACUUUGACGCCAAUAUCGAUACCACAGGCACAGGCUCAGUCUCAACCCAAACCUCAACAACCUCAACCUCAAUCUCAAUCUCAAGCUCAACCUGGGCAAGCGGCCCAGUCACAGCCUAUAAAAUCUUCCUCCCCUGAAAGGAUCGAUUCGCCUAGUAAAAAAAUUCCACCAAGAAGAAGACGUAGACGUACGCCAAGAUAUAAUUCGGUUUCGAAAAUCGAUCGUGCCAGUCGCGUCGUAUUUCCAUUAUUUUUUCUCGCAAUAAAUCUAUUCUAUUGGUACGCUUAUCUUUCUAGAAGCGAACGUAUCAAUUAUUAUAAUUCAAAUCCCAAUGGGGCGUGAUAAGACGAGAAGGAGCGUACGUUCGCUCCAAUUUUUCUCAAUCGUUACCGAUCUCGCGAGAUAUGUAAAACAAAAGAAUCAAAUAGUAGAAUCUUACUUGAUAAUACGAUUAACAUAAGUUUUAGAAUCAUAAAUGGUUUACCAAAAAGUGUUCCUCUAAUAAUAUACAUAUAUAUGUAAAUACGUAUAACCCAUUGAAUGUGAAUUAUUAAUAAUUUUAGUCACAUCGUUCUCCUUUCGUUUAAUACGAGAGCUAAUCAGAACACCCAAGCUUUUUGACCUCGAUAUCGUCUAAUCGUUGUCAAGUAUUCCGUUAAAAAAUAAGUGCUUGUAUAUACAUAUAUACAUAUAUAUGCUUUUCUGAACUUGACCUCAAACUUAAAAGCCUUUAACAUCUAAGAAAUAUGAAUAUGAUUCUAUCAGAACAAAGCUCGUAUAAGAUUUAUUUAUUAUAUUUAAAUGUAAUUAUCUAGUAAACAAAAAUUAAUUCUAUAUUAUUAAAAACUUGUUGAAAAAUAAUUGGAAUAUUGCUAGUCACAAAUAUAUAACCGUUUUGAAUAAUUUCAAUUAUUACUUAUAAUAAGUCAAUGUUUACUUUAGCAAAAAUAGUAACCGAUGACCUAUCAAUUAUUUUCUUUAUCUAUAAUAAAAAUACAUUUAAUGAUCUUUCUUGAAAAGAGCUCAUAAAUCUUGGCAUCAAAUGUUAAAAGCUAUAACAAACUUCAUUGACAUGUUUGCUAUGCUAUUAAGAUUAUUUUGUCGCAUUCAUCAAAGAGAAAAUUAUCUUUUAAAAAACUAAUACAACUAGCAUGUAUUUCACAUUGAAAAAUUAUACGUGUGUCGUUCAUCUAUUAUAGUCUUAGAUGUCUUCAAAGUCAAAGUAUUACGUUAAAUAUUAAAUAAACAAUAUCCUUGUGAUCCUAUUUCUUCGUAAUACAAUAUUUAUACAAUCGUGGCGUGGCGUGGCUUCAUAUUUAAAAAAAGUUACAUAAAAUAUUA